UCUCCACCCCCACCAACCAACUAUCGCCUCUCUUCACGUUUUUCAGUCCUUUCCGCAUCGUCAGCGAUUGUGGCGCAGCGUUCGCCAUGGGGUCCAUAGGCGGUGGUGUGAUUCACUCCUACAAGGGCUACAGAAAUGCGCCUUCCGGUUACAUACGCAAGCUUGCCAGCGCCCUCUCAAACGCGAGACAACGCGCUCCACUGUUGGGCGGCGCUUUUGCCAUUUGGGGCGGGAUGUUUACUGCUGUCGACUGUACACUUGUGUUUGCUCGUCAGAAGGAAGAUCCAUGGAACUCCAUCACUUCUGGUGCGAUAACAGGAGCUGUUCUGGCUGUCCGCCACGGACCAGCGGCCAUGGUUGGUCAGGCAGUAAUAGGCGGUGUGAUCUUGGCCAUCAUUGAAGGACUUGGUAUCAUGAUGAAUCGAUUUGCACCUAUGCUAAUGCAGCCUCCCCCGGAGGAACACCCUGAUAGUGCGGGCUCGAAAGACGGUGGCCAAGGUGGUCCGGGCGGUACUGGCGGCGGUUUCGGUGUUUUCAACCUGUUCGGUUCAACUUCUUCCAACUCCUCCGACACGACUACCGGGUCUCCUGGAUCGGCAGGUGGCGGGGGUAGCGGAGCCACCACUACAAAGAGUGGAUUUGUGUUUCAGUAGUCAGUCAACCAUGUUCACGGGGUAGUGCUGAGAGUGUACGCCAACAUCACCCUCCUUGUACAUAUUCACUAGUCACCGAUGAUCCUUACUUUUGCUCUACCGUUGUAUUUUGCCUAUCCCCCAAGAGAUUCCACCUCGUCGUGGCUUUUCUCCGCGAUUUUUGGGGGCAAACCAACUGUCAGUCAGACUCAACUCGAUGGAUUGAUCGAUCCAAGGGCGAUCAGGCUGUGCUGUUGCACUGUUUUUUUAUCUUGAUCGCACAAAAACCUAUUCUGGCGCCUCUUUUGUAGCUAGUUUUUUAGAUGGAAAAAAUUUCGUCUUUGCAUUAAAAUCCCUGGUGAACAAUCUAGUUGAUGUGCUUUCUAACCGCCCCGUCUGUCACCCCACUUCUGCUUCGCCACUCAGGAGGUUUCGCUCUGCCACUUGUGUUCAUUUAUUUCCGUUUGAUGACCUCGACUUUUUACUCCACCGCUGCGGUGAUGGGGUGGUUGUUUAAUUUUAUCGGGCAUUGUCG